CAUGUUUUGUUUUCCCCACAGACAUAUAGCCAAGGUAUUGAAUUAGCCUGCCAAAAAGAAAAACAUUUUGUGAAGCACUCUGUAGAAUGCACAUGGAAUCUAGCAGAAGCCCAGCAAAAACUUGGUAGUUUAGCACUGCAUAAUUCAGAAUCUGUGGAUCAGGAAUAUGCCCAAGCAAAGACUGAAGCUUCAGAGUUAAGAUGGAGAGAGGAAGAGUGGAGAAGAAAAGAAGAAGCGCUAAACCAGAGGGAAGGACAGACUCUAUGGAACACAGAUCCUGUUAGUAAGGAGGUAUUUAAUAAGAGUUUUAUUAAUCAAAAAAGAAAAGAAGUAGAAGAUGAAGAUGCAUCUGAAUCAUUUAUGCAGAAACAUGAACAAAAGAUGAAACACUUUGGUAUGCUGAGCAGAUGGGAUGACAGUCAAAGAUUUUUGUCCGACCACCCGUAUCUUGUAUGUGAAGAAACAUCUAAAUAUCUCAUGUUAUGGUGUUUUCAUCUAGAAGCUGAACAGAAAAGAGCUCUGAUGGAACAAGUAGCACACCAAGCAGUUGUAAUGCAGUUUAUUAUAGAAAUUGCCAAAAGUUGUAAUGUAGAUCCAAGAGGCUGUUUUCGCCUUUUUUUCCAAAAAGCUAAAACCGGAGAAGGCUAUUUUCAAGCUUUUAAAAGUGAACUUGAAUCAUUCAAAGCAAGAGUGAGAAUUUGGUCACAAUCACAUGGCUUUCAGACUACGUUACUACAGGAUCCCAGUGUCUGUCCUGGUUUUGUAGGAGAGCUCAUGUCUUUGUCACAGAAUGCAGGUGGUCUACAAGAUUCCAUAAAUACAAAUGUCUGCAGUUUAAACUCUGUGAUACAAAGAGAUGAGGAAGAAUCCAAAAUGAUGGACACAGUAUAGUACUGUUAAGACUGAGGCCAAAUACUUCUUUUUAUUUUUUUUUUUAAACAAAGAAAAGAACAUGGCUAUUUUCUUGACAUUAUUUUUCUGGGUACUGCACUUUAUUUUUGGUGUCUGAUUUUUUUUUUUGUUUGUUUGGGUGGGGGGAGGGAUUUUGAAGGGUGGGUAAUCCAGAAACACUUGUAAUAUUGUUUGAAAAUGUGCUGCUAGGUUUUUUGGUUGUCCUUGAAGAGCAGGGUUCUCAUAUAUUGCCGAAUGUGAAACUGGAUGUGUUUUCUGCUACUAACCUUGCCUUUCAUGACUUUAGUAAUCAAAGUAUGAAAAAAAAAAAAAUCUGCACAAAUACAAUGUUUACAAGAAGUGGUAGAUUCUUGGUAGAAUCUGCUGUUGUCUUAUUACAGAUGUGGACAUGUCUUACUCUAUGAAUAUUGGAGAUCACAACUGUAUUCAUGCUAUCUUGCUGACAUUAUAAGCUCUCAAAUCUGGUUAUCACUAAUAGCAAUAAAUCAUAUCUGGUAUCAGUAUUUCAGAUCUGGAUGAAUUAAAUGAAAACACUGGCUUUCUACCUCUACUAAGGGGAUUUAAAUGUUACAUUGUGCUUUCAUUAAAAAAAAAAAAACUUGUUUUUGUCCUAUAAUGCAAGUAAUACUUGUCUAUAUAUGAGCACUGGAUUUUAUGACCUUUGAGAGUUCAGCUCUCUUUGUUUUUAAAAUGAACUUCAGAUUUUUUUAAACCAAAUUCCAUUACAGGAAGACGUAUUUGAAGGGGACGGGGGCACUUGAGGUACAAGGGUUAGGAAAAAACCUCACUUGCAACAAAAAGCUUUGUCACAGUCCAGAUAGGGUUGUCUUACAAGAUUUGAAAGGUAUUUCGUAUGCUUUUAAAGUUGGUUUCUGAAACUGCUAGCUCAAGCACUGAGAAAGUGAAAUAUCUUUAAAAGUUUUCUGUUUUAGGAGCCUGAAGACCAAAUACUGUUUCCAGAGGAAGCCUUCCACAAACUUCUGCAAUCUAAAAUGCUACCAUGUUUUUCUAACUUACUACUUUUACAGCAGUUCUGUCUCUGAAACGUACACUGCAGCUGGAAUACUCCAGUGGAGAGUUUGUACCUCAGACAGUGGAAUGGAUAUACACUCUUGGUCCUUUAAUGUGCUGCUCUAGUUGUGGACAAGCUCUGGAAUUUGUCUGUAGUUCAAUAGUUUAGUGACUAACGCGGCCUACCUACAGUUGCUGAAUCAGGCAAAAGCUAUGCUGAGCUCCAGCUAUUUUUAGCUGUGGGCUAUAGUCUUGAUACAACAAAAUUUUAAGUCUGCAGUAUACACCACAUUAAGUAUUAGUACAAAUGCAGUAGCAGAAAUAAGGGCUGCAUAUUCCCUGAUGGAAGUGCCUUUUCUUGUCCUUGGUACUUUUUUUCCUCUAGCAGUUCCAAUGCAAAUUGAGGAUAAAUAAAGACAGCAGCUUUGUCCCAGCUGCAAACUGCAGGUAACUGGCUUGAGUAGUAAAGUAUUAUUUUGUUAAGUUUGACGUUGUCCUCUCUGGACACUCCAGAGAGGGAAAGUAAAAGUAAAAAUUGCACUCUUGUUUAACUCUUAACUUAAUAAUUAUGGGAAACUAGUAACUCAAGGUUGUUCUUUAACUGCAUCCCUCCCAUAAGUACAAGGGUAUUGAGGCCCCUGUAGUACAGUGACUCGCAAAUACUACCACCUUUACCAAUAGAGUCAUGUUGAUCUAGCAACUCCUGAUCUACUAAAAGUUAUUUUUUGAUGUUUCUGAGGGGCUAAUAUUGGAUGACUUGUGUGGGAAUAAGUCUCAAAUCAUCACCCCAAGUUAAGUAAAACUUCUGUGGGCUGGCAACAAAACACGCACAGCAGCCUUUUGUGGAAAUGAAAAGGCAUAAGCAGCACAUCAGGGUUUCAUGCUGGAAUGAGAUAGCUAAUGGUUUCUAACCUUGACCUUUUGAAGUAAGUGUGUUUCUAAACUCACUCAGUCUAGAGCCUCCAUCUAGACGUUACUGAAGACGAACGUAUAGGUGGUCAUUAACAGCUUUUUUGCCAAUUUUUCCUUAAAGUGUAAGGAAAGAUGCUUGCAGUGAUAGCUGCUGCCCAUAACUGUUCAUUUAUAGUAAUGGGAAAGCUUUACAAGUUCUACAUCAUCCAUCAUUCUUAGACUGUGGCUCAAUAGUGAUAGUGCUAACAUAAUCAAAAAGCUGUAUGUCAGCACCACAGGUCUAUGCAGCUGUUUUUAGACAGUCCCUGCAAGAGGAGAGUAAGACCUGCAUGAGUAAAGGGAGGCAGCUACCUCAGGCCUAGAUACAGUUGUUUGGUGCUCAGAUUUUGCUGACCUCUUUUGAAACUCUCAAUUUGAUUAGUCUGAAAAGGGCUAGGGGAGUUCACUGAAAAAAGCAGUGUAUGUAGCAUCUGGGCUAUUAAAAGUGUAGCCUGUGGAGAUUUGUGAUUCUCAUUAGCCAGUGAAUAUAUAGAUAUGAGAGCUGGUCCAAAAGACAUGAACUACUACUGUGAACUCAUGAAAACAAAACUAAGUGCUACAAUGAAAAUUACUAUAGUAAUACAACAAAACUAACUAAUUUGAUUACUGGAAAUCCUGGCACUGGUAUCAAUGAGCAGUUAUUUUUUUUCAAAGGUAUUGGAAAAGACACUGCUCUGUAUAAACCUAUUGUAUUUGUUGUACUGGUCAGGAUUGAUUAAGUGGAAUCUGGUAGAUCUGCAGCUAAUCUCUUCAGUGUUUGCGCUCUUUCUACUAAUAAAGUCUUACAUAGCUCCACAAACACAGAGGAUUUACCAAAUAUGUUACUCAUCUUUGAAUCUUCUGUUUAUCACACCUGAAAGAUAGCUAUUCUGAGGGGAGAGACACGAAUGGAGUAAGGGUAAGGCCAGCCAUCCAAGCAGGUGUCACCCAGCAGAAUAAACUAACUGAUAUACGUGUAAGCGAAGCUAAAGAAAGUGACUGUUUUUCAUGGUGUCAGCCUAUAUCUAUGCCAGUUCCUGUCUAGCAUAGCUUUCUGCACAACAGUUUCUGUCUGGCCUCAGUUAAUCACGCGUUUAAGUAACUUGCUUCCAUCUCAUUAUUGCUUCACGUAGUAAUUCAUGAAUGAACAAGUCAAAGGGCUUUGUAGUUAAGCUGUAUUCAGAAGUGUUUCCUACAUCAUUCAAAAUGUCCACUCAUGAGCAUUCUCUGAUUG